AUGACUAUGAUUGAAACAGUUCGUCAGCGGCAGAAGAACUCCACAGACUUCGCGUCUUGCUACGAUAACCUUUGCGCCUUGCAGAACUCUUGCCCUCUAGGAUCGAUAACUGCAAAUCUUGAUGAACUCACCAUUGAUUGCAAUGCUGAUCGAAUUCGGCAUAGUGACUGGACACCGAUCCUGAACGCUCUGAAAAUCAAUAAGACUUUGAAAAUUGUGGCCUUUAGGAGCUAUUGGCAGCAAACACUUUAUCCAGACGGAGGUAAGAUUACUGAUGAGUUUUGUUUUGUUCUUUCAAAGCCAGAUACCGGUUUUACCAAUUACUGGUACAGUCAAACUCAUGGACAUCAAAGGGGCAGACACCAAGUGCAAGUGUCCGCUUUACAUAGGUGUCUCUAUUAUAAAAGGCUGAUUUUCACUGGCAUCUGAUUCGAAGUUGGAAUCUUAAGGCCUAGGGGAGUCAUAUUAAAAAGAGUGCUUUUGACAGAGUGAAAAUGAAAAAAAAAUUGGAGUCGUAAGCCGAGAUAUAGGCUUGACAAAAUUGGAAUCAGGAGAAUCAGAACGCUUCCGUUAUCUUUCGACUCCACCUAUGACUCUGUCGUCUCUUACAAUUUAGUGAAGAAGCAGAAGCGGAAUGAUAAACCAAUUAUUACAGUGCUAAUUGCCCCACUUUGUGAUUGGUUAAGUUCUUCCUCUUCUGCUUGCGCAUCUCAUUGCCUAGUUUUCACUAGAUGUUAAGUGAUGGAGUCAAAAGCAGAAUCAGAAUGCAGUAUUCACUAGAUCAUAAUGAUCUAUGCUUCUUCUUAUGACUCUGAAUCUGAUUCUGUCACUUGUGAAAACCAGCCAUCAGAUGACAUGAAGUUGGGUAAACUUCAGAAUACCGGGCCACUUAUUUAAAUGUACACGUCUCUUGAAUAACAAAGUGCCUACUAUGUUAUGCCUCAUUCUUUAAAGCAGUAGCUGGGAAUUCCUAAGUUGCUCCUUAAAGAGAUUUGACUUUAUUGGCGUCCAUAGUGUAUAUUCACUUUCAGUCAGGUAAAGGAGCAUGCAGAUGGUAGUAGGAUGUGAUCCAAAAGAAAACAACACUACUGGUAGGCAGUGGUCAACAAUCACAGACAGAUAUUCACAGUACUCUGUUAAUUGGUGGAAGAAAAGUUUACUGUCUGAUGUUAUGUCAUGUGACCUUAAAUAAUAGCCAAUCACAAAGUGCUUUUGUGGGAAAAAUUUAUUCUGUGUUCACUGCUGUGAUUACAGUUUGCACUUACUAGUGACUUUUAUAUGGCCUAAAUCUUUAGAAGUUUCAGAACAACGUUUACAAGCAUUGAGGAAGAAAGCUCCGGCAAUUCGCAGCAAGGAUGUCACUUAUCGUGUCUGCAGGUACACUGUUUCACAAAACCCUAAAUAAGCAAAUAAAUAAAGAAUUUAAUCUGUAUAAUUAUUAUGAAUAAUAUUGUUCUGAGUCAUUUACUUGUAUAAAAAGUCUUUACUCAAUUUUGAAUCUUCAGGACAAUCAAAGAAUGUUUAUGUGUCACUGAAAACCUGAAUAAGAUAAUUUUUCAAGGAAUUCCUUUGCGAGAAAGAGACCUAGCUUGUUUGGCAAAGGUAACUGCUAUGUUUUUUAAUUUUGUUUAAGAACUGAUAUGAAUUAAUUGCUUUUGGAAUGAAUUCCCCUUUAACCUUUGAAGUCCAGAUAUUUGGCAUAAAUUUACUUUUUAAUACUUUGAGUGCAUUUCGGUGUCAUGUAUCUUCCUUAACAAUAUGCUACAUGCAUUUUCUAACCUGGGCUUUUUUGUUUUAGGGUAUUACAAAAAACAGAACUUUACAACAUCUGUCACUAGAAUUUUGCCAAAUUGGGGAUAGUGGUGUUGACAGUAAGUGAAAAAAUACAAUGUACUUACAUGCACCAGUAAGUGGCUUAUGAUAGCUUUUUAGAUUACUUACCAAUAAAUUAAUAGCCUGCAAAUUUAUUUCUAGUAGGGUUACACUGAAUGGACUUUGUUCUAGCAGUGCCUGGUAGCCCUGUAUGCUGCCAUGGGCACCCUGUAUUUAUUAAACAAGGUCAAAUCACUGUUACCUACAAUUUGUUUUUAAACCACAGCCUUGGUGAAGAUGGUAAAAAGUGCCUAUAUACUUGCCUGAGAGAACAGCCGACAUUUGGCAACACUACCACUGGUUUCCCUGCCAAAUGAUGUCUGAGUAACGAGCGCAGAAAUUCCAUACUGAUGACGUGUCAUUACUAAGAUCUGGGUAGUGCUUCUGAUUGGUUGAAUCAAAUUUCCCAUGUGACACGACCAAUCAGAAGCACUACCCAGAUCUGGGUAGUGAUGCGUCAUCAGUAUGGAAUUUCUGCACUUGUUACUCAGACAUCAUUUGGCGGGGAAUCCAGUGGUAGGGUUGCCAAAUGUUGGCUGUUUUCUCAGGCUCCCUAUAUACAACAUGUAGAGCUGUGUGCACUAAUUUAAUUUUUUUUCUGUUAUCUUGUAGUUCUUUGCAAUGCAAUAAAAAAUAAUACAUCUGUAAUAACUGUAAACUUCACUGGCUGUAGUCUUACAUGGAGAGGAGCCGACACCCUUGCUAAAGUGAUACGGGUAACUUGACUUUAUUUCAUUACAGUGCACUUGUGUCCACAGUAUGUGAGCCGGGGCUGACCAAGAACCACCCUUUCACUCAAGUUAUUGGCCGGUGUAUAAAAAAUUUACAAAAAUUCCAAAUUUCUGUUUGUACAAUCCAAAGAAAUAAAUAGUACUACAUUGUAUGCAAAGUUCUACAAAAGAGUUAGAAUUAUUUAAUCACAGAUUUAAUAGUUAGAUCACUGUGACAAGUUAUCCUGCUAUAAGUUGGUCUAAGACUGAAAUGGUCACAAACACAUAAUCAAUUUACACCUUGCAUUGCCAUUGAUUUGUCUCACCAAAUUCAACAUUUAACUACCAUUAAUAACAUUCAUCAUUUUAGCAUCAAGCCACAAGACGUCACAGUGUUGCAUGGCAAGACAGCCUACGAUAUCGCCGCCCAGAUCUGGAUAGAAUGCCUGGACUUCGCCGUAUAACAGUUUGUAAAAAUCCACUUAUCAAUGAUCGUGGAGCUGAGCUGAUAGCUGAGGCAUUAAAAGAUGACCUCUGGGUCAAAGGUUAAAAUUCUUUAAAAUUUAAAAUUUUGAUUUAUGUGAAAUGAAAGAUAGUGAGCCAAAAUAUUGUUUUGAUUAUGUCACUUGAAUAUUCAUCUGAAGCCUCCUUCCAAAGCUACAACUGUAUGCAGUCAUUGCCCUCAAUGCUUAAUAUUCCUAUAUAACAUUUCAAGACUGACAAAAAACCACUGAAUACCAUAGAUUGAUGAAUAAUUACUGACAGUUGUAUUGUAGGUACCUCCAAGUUUUAAUGGCUAUUUGUCUCAACAUAAAUUUGAAUGGUAUAAGUAAUGGUAACAGGACAUGAGUGGAGUCCAAUUCGGUCUGUAAUCAUACGAGUGAUUAACAAAAUCGGACGACCGCGUAGCGGGAGUCCGAUUUGCUUAAUCACGAGUAUGAUUACAGACCGAAUUGGACUCCACUCAGUCCUGUUACCAAUUAAUCAUAACUUUAACAAAAUUUGUGAUAUAUAGGGCUCUUUUUAAAUCAAAACACAAGAAAUUCUAAGAUUUUUACAAUUACUUAGGCAUGACGCGUACUGUCCUAUUAAACUGUCCUAUUAAGGCUGAAAUCAGGGCAGUUGAGAACCAAUCAGAUUUGAGAAUUUUGUUAUAGUUAUGAUUACAGAAUUAACUAUGGGAUUUGGGAGACAUAAACUGGGGGGAAAAUAGCUUUCGAGGCAACUUAACCAGCAAAGUUACUGCCCUGGGCUAUCAUGCUACACUUAUAACUAAAAAAAGUGCACCAGUUAUGGUCCCUUUGAUGUAAAUUCUAUUAAUUUUGUUACCCUGUCUUACCUUCUCUACCUGUAUAGCUUUAGAUAUGCAGCAAUGUGGUAUCUCAAGUGAGGGAGCGAUGGCCUUUCAACCAGUGCUAAAAUUCAACUCCACAAUCACUGUAUUGGACCUCAGACUUAAUCCUCUAAUUGGUUAGUGCUGUGCAGCCUGUUGUCUUUUGUAUUUUAUUUUAUAUCGUAAUUUUGUUUACCCACAAAGCACUUAGUAGGAGUUCUUAAGAACUCAUUUAUAUGCUGUGAAAGGUUUAAACCCUGGGCCGAGUUGUUCAAAGCUGGGUUAAGAUAACCCAGGGUUAGUGUGAGAUUGGAAUUCAGAUUUGAAAGCUUAAAAAGCAUUUCAGUUUUAAUUCUUUUUGUCUACAGGUUGAUGAUUGGAAGCUCUAAAAAUAUCAGAGAAAAUUAUCCAAGAAAGUGCUUUUGAGCACAAGAAAAAGAAACUAGGGUUAAAUUUAACCCCAGGUUAAGCGCUAAUCGGCCUUCGAACGACUGGGCCCAGGAGUCAUUUCAAAAGUAGAUUGAGUUUGAUCGUCCGGGUGAACAAAUUAAUAUUUAAAUGCGUCCCUGUGUUCUUGAUCAAAUGCAAAUUUGGAAAUGUUUGUUUUUGACAAGUGGGUAAAACUGGACUACCUGGAGAAAAACUUUUUGGAACAAAGGAGAGAGCCAACAACAAACUCAACCCAUAUGCAAACAAGAAUCAACGCAUUUGCAAUGUUAUCAUUUUAAAAGGUCUUCAUCUUAAAGUUUUCAACAAUGCCCUCCUAAAUUUUCUUGUUUUUGCACAGAACGAGAGGUUUUUGGAUCACUGAUGGAGCAGCUGAUGAUAAACACAGGAGACACUGAAUUAGAAGUAUGUGAAUGACUGUUUUAACCCUUUAAGCCCUGAGAGUGAUCAGCAUCAAAUUUCUCCUUGUAACAUCAAUGCUUUGUAAAAUGGAGUGGUCAUGAGCAUUACAGACCUGAUCACACAAGAUGAAUAUGCUUGAUAUUUUAUCAGCUUCUCUGCACAACUUCUGUGGGAAAUGAGUAGGGGCAACAAAUGAGAAUUCAAAUUUUGAUCUUAGGGUUUAAAGGGUUAAGGCGUUUGCUGUGAACUUGGUUCUGAAUCUCAUUCUUAUAAAUCUAAGCAAAGUUAUGGCAAAGAGUGCUAAAGAAAAAAAAUGUCUUAGUUAUUUUUCUGUUUUCUUUCUUCAGUAUCCCUGGCUAGUAAUUCGAGAACCAAAACCUGGAAGAAUCAGACCACGUAAGCGAGGGGGACCGUUUAAAGGUAAAACUGCGACUUCACAACAUGGACACCGACCAGGAAGGUGAGUUUUUCCUUUAACAAACAGUCCAGUUAUGGAGUAAUGGCAGAUAUUGAUUUUGCAGAUGAUAAGGCCUGCCAUUUUCUUGUGGAUCAUUAAUAAGAUAAUGUAUUUAGAGCAUGUAGUUGACAACCUGAAAAAUGUUUUUCUAGCCUGCGUAGCUGGUGGUUUUUUGGUGUGUUUUUUUCUUUUGUGGUUGGUAAAGUAAGGGUUUCAGCUACGUGAAAGCUGAACCAAGGAAAGAAAACGAUGGGGGAGGGGGGAGAGGGGGGAGGGGGGGGGAGGGGAGAAGGCAGUGAGCCUUGCCCCUCAUACCUUCCCCUUUCUGUUUCCACCUCAGUUCAGCUUUCACGCAGCUGUAACUCUUACUGUGUGUGAACAACUAAAGAAAAAACACACCAAAAAAACGCCAGCUAUGCAGGCUAAUGUUUUUCUUGCAGCUAGGUUGAUUUGCUUAGGUUGAAUGUUUUAGUCGAAUAAGUUUUGUACAUUUAGAUGCUAUUAAAAUGAUCAUCCAUUUCUCUCCUCAAAGAGUUGGCUUGUCCAAAAAUGCAACUGUAGUAUCAAAAAAGUCUUCUGCUGGUUUCAUUCCAUGGAGAACAGCUGCUAGAGUAGGGAAAAACAGGUAUUUUACAUGGAGAAGUAUUUAGCUAUUUUUCCUUCAUGUACCACAGGGACGCUUACCAUUUUCAAUGCACACAGUCCAUCUGAUUGUAUCCCGUGAACAACUCAAGCGCUUUUUUUGCAUUUUUCAGGCAAGUGAAUGGAAGGUUAGGGUUAUUUAAUUAAGCUGAACAAUUUUCUUUCUUUCUCAUUUUCAGACACAAACUCGGAAAAGAGGUUGCACAGAGAGGUGUUCCUACCAAAAAGAAGGUAUUUCUUUACCUGAAUAUAGCACAAAGUAAACAACUCUAUACAAUAAUAUUAUUGUAAAUCUGUUUUUUGAAGCUCUGAUCUCAGGUCAGUUUGGAUUACUUUGGCCAAAAUAGAAUGAUAAAAUUCCACUUUGUUCUACCUCGUCUGUAUUCGCAAGCUGAGUUAUGUUUCCUGUUUAUUACAGCUCAAGACUGCUGCAAGUAGACCACAAGCUACAAGCUCACCAUUAGCAAGUGAGGAAGAUGAACCAGCCAACCGCACCAGUGGCACAGGUGAUGUAACUGUUGUGGUUCAAUUUUCUCCUUGGUUUAAAUUUUCUUUUCUUCUGUUUUUGGGUAUAGUAAUGAAUGAUAAAGAGUUUGAAACAAAAGAAUAUAAAACUUAAACCAACGAUAAAAAACAGUUAUUAUAUUUCCUUAAAUAAGUGCCUUUCCUGCAUCACCUACCCCCUUAGUCAAAUCAGCAAAAAUAGUGCCCUGCUACACCCCUCUCAAGUUCGUAAAUCAGAAAACUACGCCAACAAAACCUUGUUCCCUUGCUCUCAUGGCUUUAAAAGAGAUAUGCCCUGGGAAUGAGGUUUACACUAGCAUCAUCCUUGAGGUGGGGGUGGAGGGGGGCGGCCAAUAGGAAUUGUCAUGGGUGAAAUCGCUGCAGGCAAAGUUUAGAGCACGAACGGAAGAAAAGAAAGAGCCCCUGCGAAAAUACCAAACCAAAAUCUGCAAGGAACAUCGUCCAGUGGCGGGAUUGGUGAAUGCUUAUAGAAAUGACCUCCAGAAAUUCUUAUUUUUUUAUUAUCUUAUUUCAGAAAGUUCAGUUGACAAUCAUGAAAGGUUGAAGGAGAUGCAGGUAAACUUUAUUAAUUAUUAUUUUUUUAAUUUCUACCCUAUGAAUUUCGCCCGGGUUUAGAAUAUUAGUUACCCCUAGAUUAUUGAUACAACAGAAGUUAACCUGUGGGACAAGCUCCCCCCUGCCUACCUACCUUAGCAUUGAUCACUCCGCUCACCCUUAACUGGUCAUCUUUAACCCAGACUAGUUUUCUUUUUUUCAUGCAUAGUUCGAAAUGGAGAUGCUCAAACAUCGCCUUGAAGAUGAAAGUCGAGCCCGUGCCACAGCUGAUUCAAGAAUACUUGAAGUAGGUGGACGUCAUUAAGUUAUAGAGGCAACUGUAUUUGUCUCCUUUUCGUUGCGCAAAAAUUCAAUUUGAAUUUAUUACUCUGAAAAAUAAUGAAGAUUGUUUCUCUACAAAAUCGUUUUAUAUGAGAUGUAAAGCUCUUUCUCAUCUUGUUGUUUGUUUCUAUUCCUAUCGCGCCUGUGUAGCUGCAAGUGGAAAACAGAAGAUUGCAACAGGAGAUAAGGUUGCUUAAGACCAAACAAACUGCAAGUUACAGCUCUACUAUUACUGUACUUAUUACUAUACUAUUACUCCUCACUGGCUCUCAUCAAAAGUAUAAUUAUGCUUUUCAUUUAACUGUCACACAGUUCAGGAAGUUAUUCAUAGACUGAAAAUUUAGGACCACUAUGUACAUCAUGAUAAACAAUACCAAUGCAAAGUACACAUGUAAUGCUCAGAAGCUUUCAUUUGAAUGGUCGCACAAAAGGAUUUCCGAUUUCAUUGACAGACUUAAACAACACUUCGGCCUUAUGCAGGACAACAAACCGUAAAUAUCGUUGUAGGAUAUUAUUAGGAUAUUAUUAGGAAAUUAUUAGGAUAUUAUUAGGAAAAUCUGAUCGUGCAAUGACUUUGCAAUGAAAAGAAGGCAGAAUAAUCGUAAUUUUUUUCCUCCUUCCUGUAGUUACCGCCCAGUCGACCAAUUUCGUUUUCUGGUCCGUUACUGAACACAACUUUUGACCAACCUAAAACUCCAGGUAAGUGCAACUUAAAUUUUCCCUGGCUAUUAUAAGGUCUAAGGCGAACACGAAACUUUUGAAUUUAAAAAUUUUCAGAUGUUUUAAUGGCGGUGACUACUUCGACCUUUGACAAAGCAAAUGGUCACAGGAUUUCAACUACCGAUUAAACAGCAUAGUUACAAAUACAUAUGUAACCUUUUACUGCAUAAACGGCAACUAAGAAAAGUACUGCAGAGUAUCAUUGACAGCGCUUGUCGAAAUGAAUCUAGUAGUUGUUUCGUUUUUGAUUAUCUAAGCCCUCUGAUUGGCUAGAACAUGCACAUGCAGAGCUGUUGUUUUGCUCACACAACCAUCCUUUUUUCUUUUUCACGUUCUUGUUGCCGUUGUCGUUAUGGUUAUAACCUGCACGACUUGAAUAUAAGUGAAAACUUCUCAUCCGGCUUACUGACCGCCUUAUGGGGUUUAUUUUCUAACUAUCUCACACUUAUUUCGUUCUAGGAGCCAAAACUAUUCUUGAAGACGACCGAGUGCUAGAGAGCAUAGAAGCGUCAUUCAGGCAAUUUCAUAGUUUCCUGGAUCUCCUGAAAGGCUCCAAGUUAGUACAAUUUACUUUCUAGAGCGUUAAUGACCAUUUUUAGUCUUUCAUUCCAUCAAGGGAAGAGUGUUUGACCAAUUUCCUGUAAUGUCCGACGCUGUUUACGUUGUCAGAACACAACAUCCAAAAACAGCAAAAGACCUUUACAUCAUUAAGCAUUGGCCGCGAAAAGCCCUCUGCUUGAGCCUUGGAGAAGGAAUUGGCAAUUAAUCACAAAACAAACAACAAAUAGAAAGUCCGGUUUGUGAGCCUUUUUUAUUUUUAUGUCCUUUAGGUUCAGUGAUCUGGCGCAUAUUCUUGGUGAAAACAGCCGCUUACCCGAGCCGGACAAUGGUCUUUCCCCCAUCACAGAAGAAUCUUUGUCAAGCACAGCGAGAUGACAAAUAUUUCAUAAUUUUAUUAAC